UUCUAGGUAAUAUAUAUCUGUAUGUACAACACACGUGUAUGUAUCGUAACAAGUAUAUGAUUAUAAAGCGAGUCAGGUUAUUUACCUUAUAAAAUUUUUAUGGUGUAUGUACAUAAGGAAAAAUUAUAACCUCCUUAGAUAAAUAUGGAUGCAGAUUUUGAAGAACUAUCGCAUGACAUAGAUCUUAUUGCAAAAGUUAAACAAUACCGUGAUGCAACGACGAAAAUUCAAGAUACAAUUAAAUAUGCCGCAAAUCCAGCAGUAUAUGAAAAACUUUCUGAUACAGAUAAAAUACAGUAUAAUCUAUUGAUGUCUUACUGCCUAAAUAGUGUGUUUUGGAUGUAUUUGCGUGCAGAAGGAAUUGACCCAGCAAAGCAUCAAAUAAAGUCAGAAAAUGACCGUUUAAAAAGGUCUAUGACACGUGCAAAACAAAUUAAUGACAAGAACACAUUUAUGCCUCGUGUAAACAAAGAUGCAGCACAAAGAUUUGUUAGGAAUGGGUUGUGGGAAAUAAAGAAUAAAAAAAAAUGAUAUGAAAAUAAUGGAUGUAAUAUUGUAUAUAAAUAAAUUUGUUUUAUAAAUUAAGUAGUGACCUAAAUGUAUAAACAAAAAUAUAUUAAACAUGACGUUAUGUAUAAUGCUGAA